CGUACUACAAUCUCGUCGGAGGCGUAAACCGUUGAAUUAGCUCUCGUACGUAACCGGACAGUUUAAGCUUCCAAAUUCCUCAACUUCGCCGUCAUCCGUACAGUUCAAUCUUCCCGUCGAUUCGAUUCCUUGCACAAGCUCCCCCCAAAGCCAUGUCCAUGUUCAAGUUCUGGGGAUCUCAGGAGGAGCCCACUCAGCCGCGACCGGAGGUUGUUACUCCUUCACAGUCAUGGUACCCUCCAUCUGUAGUUAACUCUCCGACCUCUUCUCGCCCUGGGACGCCGAGCAGCACCUCAUCUAGCAGUAUGAGUUACCAAAGGCCAACAGAAAGGGCACAAUCUCCGUUACAUGUUUCGCCGGCCGAAGCUGCCGGUGUUAUUACUGUUUUGAAGGACAAGAGUGUUGAGGACCUACGGAAGCUUUUGUCUGACAAGAAUGCAUACCAGCAAUUUUUUCUUUCACUUGAUCAGGUCAAAAUUCAAAAUAAUCUAAGAGAGGAGCUACGGAGGGAAACUCUGCAGUUAUCCAGGGAAAACUUGGAAAAAGAACCACAGAUGGUGGAACUUAGAAACCAGUGCAGAAUAAUUAGAACAACAGAGUUGGCUGCCGCUCAGGAGAGGCUAAAUGAGCUCGAGAGAAAGAAAGAAGAAACGUUGAAGCUGUGUUCCCCGUCUUCUCUUCUUCAAAGGCUUCAAGAAUCGAUGAAUACGACAGAGGAGGAAUCAGAAGCUCUGCACGAGCAGCUUGUCGACAAGGAGGUUGAUCUCGGGGCUUUUGUGGAGAAAUACAAGAAGCUUCGUACCACUUACCACAAGCGAGCGCUUGUUCAUCUCGCAGCAAAAACAUCUUCGGUAGGAUGAACAUAUUACCAUAACAUGAUGUAUACAUUUUAGUGGAUAAUUUAAUUGAAAAUUCAAAUGGUCGAAAAAAGUACUUUGGCUGGUUGCUUAUGCGUGUAUAACAUUAAUAUUCAGUUUUGAUGGUAAUUUUAUGUAUAAACAUUGUUGUUUUCCCAUUUGGAUAUGAAGGCUUUUAAACUUCGAUCGAA